GAAGGCUGGCCCAGACUCCUGUUUUCCUCCUCCAGGAUAAAACUAUGAGGAGCACACUCUCACGUUGUUCUCCUGCAGGAGCUCCACUCAGCUGAUCCUCCACACCGCAUAUCUCCUGCCUCAAAGACGACGCAAGAUCCGGACACUGGGAGGUGCACAGAGAGGCAGAGGGGGAGUCUGAGCGCGGCUUCCUUGCGUUAUGUUGGGACACGGGAAGAAAGGAGCCCCGGUGCUUAAGAACGGAGCCGGGACGUCCGAGUCAAAGGCCAUCGAUCCCCUGAGGAAUCUGGGUGUGCAGGAUGAUGAAGAUGUGAAACGGAUGUUGCAGGGCUCCAGCAUGGUAAAGGUCCGUUCACCUCGAUGGCAGAAAAGACGGACUCUGAAGCUGCUGGAAGACGGAGUCACUGUCUGGUGUCAGUCCCACAAAACCUCCAGCCGAGCCAAGGAGCUACAGUCCUUCUCUGUCAUGGACGUGGAGUGUGUUCGUGAGGGUUGUCAAUCGGAGACGCUGCGGCCGAUGCUUGGCUCGAUACCAGAGGGUUGUUGUUUGACGGUGGUCUUCAAAGGGGCCCGCAAGAGCCUGGAUCUGCUCUGUCAGAGCCCGGAGGAGGCUCAGCAGUGGGCCCGCGGUAUCCGCACCCUCCAGGAGAGGGUGGAGAACAUGACCCAGAAGGAGAAACUUAACCACUGGAUUCAUGCUUACUUGAGUCGGGCCGACCAGAACCACGACGACAAGAUGAGCUAUGAUGAAGUCCAAACGCUGCUGCAGAUGAUCAAUAUUGACCUGAGUGACCAGUAUGCACACAACCUCUUCCAGAAAUGUGACAAAUCAGCCGACGGUCGUCUCGAUCACAAAGAGAUCGAAGUUUUCUGCAGGGAGUUGUUACGGAGACCGGAACUGGAUGCUGUAUUUAUCCGUUACUCUGCUAACGGCUGUGUGCUCUCCACGGUAGACCUGAGAGAUUUCUUCAAAGACCAGGGCGAGGACGCUUCAGUCACUCAUGCCCAGAGCGUCAUACUCACCUAUGAGCUAAAUGAAUGGGCCCAGAAGAACCAGUUCAUGACACCCAAUGGUUUCACCAUGUACAUGCUGUCUAAGGAGAACUGUGUGUUUAACCCGGACCACGCCCGCGUUUACCAAGACAUGAAACAUCCGCUUUCACACUACUUCAUCUCCUCCUCACACAACACCUACCUCACCAAGGAUCAGCUGACCGGGGACAGCAGCACAGAGCCUUACAUCAGAGCUCUGAAUCAUGGCUGUCGCUGUGUGGAGCUGGACUGCUGGGACGGAGAUAAAGGAGAGCCGGUCAUCUACCACGGACACACACUCACCUCCAAAGUGCCCUUUGUCGAGGUCAUUGAGACCAUCAAUGAGUAUGCUUUUAAAGCCUCUCCGUACCCUGUCAUCCUGUCUCUGGAGAACCACUGCUCCGUGGAGCAGCAGACGGUGAUGGCUCGACACCUGCGAUCCAUCCUGGGAGACAAACUGCUCACUAAGCCCCUCAGCGGUUUGGACCCUCACAAACUGCCUUCUCCAGAGGAUCUGAAGGGGAAAAUCCUGGUGAAGGGGAAAAAGGAACGCAUGGUGGAGGAGGGCGGAUACAGCUCUUCAGACCUGAGCUCCUCAGACGAGGAGGCGAGCCAGUCUGAAGGCAAAGCCAAGACAAAGAAACCAGAACAGAAGCCAGUUGUGUCUAAGCUGAGUCCAGAGCUGUCUGAGCUGGUGGUGUACACCCGCAGUGUCCCAUUCAAAACCUUUGAUCAAGCAGCCAAAAACCCCUCAACGGACAUGUCCUCUUUCUCUGAGAGUGAUGCACUCAGGCACGUUAAGGACUCAGGGAUGCAUUUUGUGCGUCACAACAGCCACCAGCUGAGCAGGAUCUACCCCUCAGGCCAGCGACUCCAGUCCUCAAAUUACAACCCUCAGGAGAUGUGGAAUGGAGGCUGUCAAAUCGUUGCAUUGAAUUUCCAGACACCUGGUGAGCAGAUGGACUUAAACCAUGGCCGCUUCCUGCAGAACGGUCAGUGUGGGUUCACCCUGAAGCCUCCCUUCAUGUGCCUGCCUGACACCACAUUCAACCCAGAGAAUAUCGGUGGAGGUCCUGGCCAUAGACCCCUCCUGCUCACUGUUAAGGUGAUUUCAGCUCAACAGCUACCAAAACCAGAAUGGGACAAGCCCAGCUCCAUCGUGGACCCUCAGGUGUGGGUGGAGAUACACGGUGCAACCAUUGACAACGAUAAGAAGAAAACUAAUCAUGUUGACAACAAUGGCUUUAACCCCCGGUGGGACUGCACCUUUAACUUUACCGUCCAUGCCCCAGACUUGGCCCUGGUUCGCUUCAUGGUGGAGGACCACGACUAUACCUCAAGCAAUGACUUCCUGGGACAAUUCACCCUGCCUUUCACGAGUCUCCGUACAGGUUACCGUCAUGUCCGGCUUCUCAAGGUUGACGGCUCCAGCCUUUCGCCUGCAUCAAUCUUCGUCCACAUCAAGGUCUCCCCGUGUCAGAGCAGUCCGUCAAAAUCAUCUGCUAAAUCCCCGGCCAAGUCUUCAACCAAGAAACCCUGAUCUCAUCCUUAGCCACAGCAACAUGAAGGAUUGGAGCCAGCAUGGGAAGAUCCCAGGAAAUGGGAUCAGAAAAUGUUGCAGCUUUACCCCCUCUACUGGUCUAUACAUCAUAUAAGAAGACUGUGAUGAAAGAAAAGUGACUAGUUUUCUUAAUGUCUGAAGUUAAAAGAAAACAGCAGAACACCAAAAUCAAGUAUAAAAACAAAACCUGCUGCUGAACAAAAAAAGGGGGGGUUUAAUGGGUGUCUGAAGCACCCAUGAACAACCAAUCAGCCUCCUUUGGGCUAUACUUGAGCUUUUAAGUAAUCUAUUUAAAGAGAUAUCUGCAGGGGAAAUAACUAGUACGGCUAAGCUAAGCCCUCCCCUUUCUUAAAGACUUAUGAUAAAGUUAUUUUCAAAUAACUUACAACAGAUUUUUUUCCAUUUUGGUGAAACCUAGAGGAGCGAGCAAACCUAAUAAACACAGGAUAUCUUUAAAUGGGCCUUCUUCUUUUUUUUUAUAGCCCAAGCAAUGUAGCUCCCUCUUCUAUUCACCUCUGUGGUGUAAAUGAGUGACAGGUGUCAUGGCUCCCCCCCCUUGAUUUGAUGAUCAUUUGGGCUACAUUCAUUCAGUCCACAGGUCACCGACUUUUGACCCAUGACACAACUGUCCUGUUACAAACCAUAGAGAUACUAAGAAAUUAACCAAGUAUCUCUUAACUUAAAACUCCUGCCAUCCCGAUCCUAAUUCUGUUAGCCAGUUUAAGGCAAUUUCCAUUAUGUGUUAACAAAAUAAGAUGUACAUCCAUGGUCCAUCGGUGAGAAAUUGCAUCCCUCCUCCCUGCAUAUCUGUAUUUGAAUGAGGCAUGACCAAAUCUGUGCUCGACUUUAUCCCUGUAUUUUGAUACUUUUUAUUUUUUUAACCUAAAUGUUAUUUAGUAGUUCAUAGAUUUGCCAAAUAGUCUAGAAAUGCCUGCUGCUUUGUGACUCAAUCAAUACUUGGAAAGGUUGGUUAAGUUUUGUAGUAUUUAAACAAUUUACGCAUUUUACUUUUUAUGCAUGUAAAUCACCUUUUAAAAAGGUACACCUUUAGAGAAGAAAAUGCUUGAAGAAAGUCGAUCUAUAUCAGGAGGUUAUACUAAGGUUAAUUUAUAUGGGCAGGAUCAUUUUUGUGAAAAUUUGAAAUCUGUGAAAAAGCCAGUGAUUGAACCUUUCUGAGGCCUAGUCCACAUAUAGGCAGGUAUUUUUUUAAACUGAGGUUUCCCUCCUUCGUUUUAAAAAAUUAUAAUUAAUCUGUAAACAAACUUCCAAAAUCACCUAUGCGGUCUCUGAUGAUAUUGACAAUAAAGAUAUCUUAUCUUAUUGUGAUUGAGGCAAACAUUUGAUCAAUUAACACCCUCUCUAAAUUCACUGCUUUGCUGGAUAAGAAGUGACAAGGCGACUUAGUGACAAGACGGGAUUAGGAAGUCCCUGUUGUUGCUUUUUAGACUUGACACAUAUGGACAUCCUCCAAAAUAGCAAAGACUUCUCUUUUUUUAUUUGGCUUCAUCUUUGAAUUACAUUGUGUUUAGAUUGAUAAUCCCAGCAACUGUGACACAAAGACUUUCUUACUGUCAGUGUUUGAACAAGUUAUCAGACAUGUUUCUAUAUGUUAGAUAUCACUCUGAGUCACGUAGCUGUUCAUGUUUUACACAGCGUUGUUUCAUUGAAGAGGGAUGUGUGAUCUUGUAAGAGUUUGUUUUUUAACUUUGUUAUUGUAUGUUCACACAUACAUGACGACCUCACUGCUAUGUUAUGACUUGAAGGAUUUUUUAGUCUAGGAUGAUUGCUGAGCAGAUUUAGAGAUUGCUUACUGUUAUAUUUCAUAGUAUGAGUAUUUAAGUAUCUGAUAAAUGCACGAAACAAUCAAACAGCCUGAGAUAAUGUUUGGUUGAAACAUGAAAAGCUGUUUUAUCUUCAUCUGCUUUGCCAUUUAUGUCAAAAUCAGAAUUCAGAAGAUUUUUGUAGAAAUUGUGUAAAUUUUUGAUUUUAGAGUUAGUACCAAAACCGUCAACAAACCCAGCCAUGUUUCCAACAAUAAUGCACUCACAUAUAUCAGGAACUGUCAGUAUUAGAAACUACGACUAUUUAUGUUUUCAGGACCAAAGUUGUGUUUUUUUUAUCUCAUUGCUAUGGUAACAAAAACUGUUAUUGUGCAAUCCAAAAACUGACUGUCAAUUAUUUAUUACAUCUGACUGAUGUUACUGUUUGCUUUUUUGCUGCUAGCUGUACCGUAAUUAACCUGAUGUAUUUAUUGAAACAGGUAAUAUAUGCACUAUGGUAGAAUAGAUAUGCAAUAAAAAUGUUCUUAUAAAAGUGAAA